AUGAAUAAAAUAUGUAGAUUAUGUCUUUUCGACGAUUCGAUACUGGAAGUUUCUUCGACGCAAUGCGACAUUUUUCUGAAAAUAACGUUAUGCUUUGGUCAUGAUAUUAUAACUGAUGACAGUCUACCUCAAACAAUAUGCAGAUUUUGUAAGAAUAAAAUAGAAGAUACUUAUAUUUUUCGUAAUAAAAUCAUAGAAAAUCAAAAUACUCUCUUAAACAGGCUUAAGGAAGUCUAUAAUACUGUUAAUAAUAUUAAUAAAAAUGACAAAAAACUUAUUAAAAGUGAAAAUAAUGAGAAUGAAUUUGAUAACAAAGAAAAUGAAUUAUUUCAAGAUGGUAAAAUGGAAAUAAAAUAUGAACAAAGUAAAGUUAUUGCUGAGAAUGAAAUGAAUAGUCUUAAUAAAUCGGAGCUAAGUGAAAUCGAGGAAGGCUUUGACUUUUGUUCAGAGGAUGAUGUGUCACUUUCUUUGAUAAAACAAACCAAAAAUCAAGUUCAGCAUUCCAAAUCACUUGUGUCCAGGACAGAACUAAAAGUCCAAACAGGAAUACCUCUAGGCAAUACUCUCACAUGCUUAACAUGUUUUAAAAUGAACUCGACACAAAUUGACUUACUGAAGCAUUAUAACGAAGUACAUUCAAACUCUAAAUUAACACAAGAAGACAAAAAUAAUCCUGAAGAUAAAAACUAUGAAGUCGUAACUGGAUCGAACGGAUACAAUAAAUAUAAAUGCAAGAAAUGUGAAAGGGCAUUUGAUAGCAAGAGAAAGUUUAAUAAACACACCAUAUCUCAUGUAGAAGACAGACCCUUUUUGUGCAAAUUAUGUGGUCGAACAUAUAAAACUGCAUCAGAAAUAGUGAGGCACGGCAGAGCGCAUAAUGGUACUAGAAUUCCUUGUUCAUACCGAUGUGGAUACAGUACCGUGUACUUGGGGGCACUUAAGCAGCACGAGAGGCGACACAGAACGGAAUAUUCGUAUACAUGCGACAAAUGCGGCAAGGGUUUUCAAGUCCUAACUUGGUAUGAACAGCACCAGAACAUUCAUACAGGAGUAAAGCCCUUCGUGUGUGAGAUCUGUGGAGUCGCUUUCCAUAUGGACAGAUAUUUAAAAGCUCAUAUUACAACCGUUCAUCCACAAGCGUCAACCCGCAAAAGAUUCCUCUGCGUCCACUGUUCGAAGCCAUGCGACUCGAAGAAAGGACUGACAUUGCAUUUGAAGGAGCACGGUAUAACGACGAAGUUCCUUUGCGACAUUUGUGGUAAAGUUUUGUCAGAUGCUGGACAAUUAAAGUUUCACAAGCGGAUGCAUCUGGGCGAACGACCUUACAGCUGUAGUACGUGCAGCAAGUCGUUCACGAAGCGGUUCAACUUGAAGCUGCACGCGCGCACGCACACAGGCGAGCGCGCGCACGCGUGCGCUGCGUGUGGCAAGCGCUACAGUACGCGCGCGACGUUGCUGCGGCACGCCCACAGAUUUCACAAAGGAAACGUUACUAUAGAUUCAACGCAAAGUGAAACUUAA